UAAAAUUGGUGAAUUUAUUUGCCUUAAACCUACUAAAAUAUUCAUUAUUAUAAUUUCUAUAAUUAAUUUUUCUGUUGGAAUUUGGAGUAUGAAAUAUUUGGUUAUUGGAAUGGAACUGACUAAUUUCUUUAAAUCUGAUUCAAAUGUCACAUCAUUGAUUGAAAACACUUAUAAACAUUUUACCGAAUAUCCUUUUCCUAUAAAUAUCGUAAUUAAUAAACAAUUAGAUUUUUCAAACAAAACAAUACAAGAGUCAGUAGAAAAUAUGUUGAAAAAGUUUGAAUCUCAUCCUCAUACAUCUGAUGAAUUUAUUACGUUAUCGUGGUUAAAAUAUUAUAAAAUAUUUAUUAAUUCUCCCGUAUCUAUAUUUUCUUUAAAUCAUUACGAUUUAUCAAAGAAACAAGACUUUAUUGAUGGAUUACGUAACGUUUUUCUAAAUAUUCCUUCUGCUAGACAAUUUCGAGAUGACAUUAUCUUCAAUGAUAAUUUUACCGAAAUAAUAGCAAGCAGAUACAUAAUUGCAUGUAAAAACAUAGUAAACAGACAAAUAGAACUUCAGUUAUUUAAAGAUAUACAAACUAUAGCGAAGCAAUCUGAAAUACCAGUUUUAUUACAUUCCUUUACAUUUCCUCUUUUGGAACACGUUUUGCUAAUUCAAGAUAUUGUUUUUCAAUUAGCUUGGGUUUUAUCCAUUAUAGCAAUUGUUAUAUUGUUUAUAUUUUUACCAAAUAUAAUAAGUGUUAUCUGUAUAUCUUUUGUAAUCGUUGCAUCACUUUGUGAGACUAUAGGAUAUAUGUCAUUAUGGAAUGUUCAUUUAGAUAUGAUAUCUGUUAUUUUACUUAUUUUGAGUUCUGGAUUUUCUAUUAAUUAUCCAACACAUGUCUCAUUUGCUUUUAUGUUAACGAAAAAUAAGAAUCCGAAUGAAAGAAUUAAAGAAUCGUUGUAUGAAGUGGGAUGGCCAAUAUUGCAAGGUUCAAUAUCGACAAUAUUAGGUGUAGUUAUUUUGGCAUUUCAAAGUAAUUAUGUGUUUGGUGUAUUUUUCAAAAUUGUUUUUUUAAUAACAAUAGAAACUGCAUUUAAUGCUAUGUUUUUGUUACCUGUAAUACUCAGUUUUGUUAGUAAUUGGUAUUGUAAAGAUUCUAUUAAUCAAAGUUCAAAAAAAUGAAAGAAGAAUCAUUCUAUUCAUAUAUUUUCA